AGAGCCCCGGGCGCUCCUAACCAGGUGAAGGCCUCGCCUUGACGCGACCGCCACUACAUGCAUUGAGAUACGAGUCCGACACACGUCCACAUCUACUGCUUAUGUACUGACCCAGUGACAGAGACGUGAUGGUCGGAGGAGGAGGAGGUAACUGUGAAGAGCAUCAGUCUCCAGCAGUGAGGGUGUGUGACGUCACCAAGCCAGCAGACGGUGGCUCCUGCGGCUUCCAUCUGACCCGGACCAAGUGGGACCCGUACCCCUGGGUGUGCGGCGUGGACGAGGGCUCGCCUGCGGGGGUGGCGGGACUGCGGGUGGGCGACUGUGUGCUGGAGGUGAACGGCGAGGAUGUCCUGGGACUGCGAGUGUCGGACAUUGCCGCUAGGGUGCGACACAGGGCAGACACUGUCACUAUGCUGCUGUGGAACUCCGGCGUCGACCCUCACUGUGACCCUGAGUCUCUAUGCUGUGGCCCGAUGCCCACCAGUCUCCAGCGACUGUCCUCUUGUAUGACAUCUAUCCUCGCCACACUAGAGUGUCCGGUGUGUCUGGACACUAUACCUCCGCCAGCUCACCAGUGCUGUAAUGGUCACCUGGUGUGUGUGAGGUGUCGUCUACAGACUGAGAGAUGUCCCGUCUGCAGGGCGAGGCUCGGACGAGGCCGUAGUCUGUUGGCUGACAAGGUGUACAACUCCUUGACGGAUGCCUUUCUCCUGAGGGACGAGCCGCCAGAGACACGGUCCUCCAAGAUGAGGCAACGACUCACUGGAAAGAAGAAGAUCCCCGAGAUUAAAAGACCCGUCGCGGAGGUGAAACCGAACGUCAACCCUCCCAAAAACAAAUUUCUCACUAGGAUUUUAGGAAAAUCGUCCUCAGUGGAAAAUCUGUCGUCAAACACGAAAUCCUCAAACUUUUUAUCAGUCGAUUCAACGUUAAACUCUAAUAUGAAAGCCAAGUCUUUGUCAAGCAACGAGAUCUUUAACCAGCUGAGUCCCGCGGUCUCGCAGUCUUCUAUUCCGACCACGAACACUGCGGACAUCGGGUUCUCGUCAUCUCGCUCAUACCAGGGCUCGUACGAAUCUCUGGCCCAGCGGGUGAUGACAGACUUCGGCGAGGUGGAGGUGGCCGACGACGGAGCCUCAUACGUGUGUCCUGCGUCCUAUGGAUGUUCCGCACAGCUGAGGAGGACUGCUGUGUUCCGACACCUACAAGACUGUCACUCAGGUCCUCUGGUGCAAUUCUUCACACCCACCGUCGUCCUGGACCUACCUCUACGUCUGCCUGAGGACGCACUCAUCACUAUAUCCAGUGAUGCAAAUGUAUACUUCCUGAAAAUCGUACCCAAAGACCAAUCAGAUUACCUCGUUUGGAUGUGGGUUCUAGGUGGUAAGUUCAACUCGGAGGCGUUGAAACUCGUGUUGACUCUAAAGUCUGACGAUGCCGAUUCACCAGAGCUAAUCUUCAAAUCAGCCGUUCACUCUCUGGUCAAUACUAGCUGGACUGAGAUUGUCGAUGGAAACAAAGCAGUGUUACUGAAGCAAGAGACUAUAGAUGCAACAUUUGAAAACCAUAGAGUAAAACUGCAAGUGAAUGUUUCAUCAAAAGCUACACAGGCUACAGCUGUCUGACAUAAUUACUGGCCAUGAAACUGCAAAUCAUAACUAUCUUGUUGAAAAACGUUCGUCUAUAAAAUAUUUCCAAAUAUUUUAAAAACGAAAAACUUUCUUUAUUUUCACGGUUACCGUAAUGACGAAUAACAUGUUUUAAAUAGGAAACUGUGAUAUAAUUUAUUAUGUUUGUAUGAAAAUAUGUAUGAUUUAUUGAUGGAAAUGAUUCAGUUAAUAUUACUUUUAAAUUGUAAUUUAUUUUGUUAUUAAAAAACCUGUGUUA